CGGCUAAAAGCUAAUGCUAGUCCGGGCUAACCCUUCAGACGCUCGGCUGGGGACUAAAAGUGAGCGUCCACCGGAACAAAGUACUCCACACAACGUCGCCGUGCAUUAAAAAAUAUGGCAUACCUCCUCAUGUUUGUGACUCUGCUGCAUCUGGUGACUUUGGCCAUGCUGUUCAUCUCGACCAUGGAGAAGUCCUGGUGGGUGUGGGAGGGGAUGGAGAACUCAGACCUAUGGUACAACUGUAGAUAUGACAACUUCUCAGGAACGUGGUUGUGCGCCUCCUCCAAAGAAAGUGAGUGGCUCCACGCAGUUCAGGUCUUAAUGGUCCUCUCCGUUGUUUUCUCCUCCGUCUCUUUCCUGGUCUUUCUGGGUCAACUGUUCACCAUGUCCAAAGGCGGACUCUUCUACUUCACUGGGCUGUGUCAAGUCUUUGCAGGCCUGGCCGCCUUGUCUGCAGCCCUCAUCUACACAUUACACAACAAGGAAAUCCUCCAGGACGCCAGAGAAACGACUUCAGGACACUUCGGCUACUGCUUCAUCCUAGCCUGGGUGUGUGUGCCUCUCCUGCUGUGUAGUGGUGUCAUUUAUGUCCACUUGCGCAAAAAAGAGUGAUUUAUGCAACACAAUGGCAAUUAUUGAUAAGCUAGCAAUCCUAAAGACACCUUUUUCAUCAGGAAUGCCAAAUAUUCAGACUUACAUUCUAAAUGUAUUUUUUUCACGCCAAGGUUGCUUUUGCAAUGUAAAUACUCAGUUAAAAACUUUAGACAUUUAGACACCUUGUUAACAGAUUAAAUCCUCACUGUGAAUUUAUCAUAUAGCAUGCCCUUUGCAGAAAUUAUACCAAUGUGAAAUUUCCAUAUACAUUUUGUAGCGAGGACACACCUUAGGGUGAUGCAUGCAAAUACAUAUAUAUUUUUGUACCUGUUGAAUUUGUAUUGCAGUAAUAAAUGUCACUCAAAGAAACAA